AUGGGUCUUCAUAAUAAGCCCAUCAUAAUCGAUGGUAAAGACCAUCUUCUUGGACGACUUGCGUCGAUCGUGGCCAAACAGCUGCUGCAAGGCGAAAAAGUCGUUGUGCUAAGAUGCGAGGAAAUCGCCAUCUCUGGAAACUUCCACCGAUCCAAGCUGAAGUACAUGAGCUUCCUUAGAAAGAGAUGCAACAUCAAUCCUGCUCGUGGUGCAUUCCACUACCGAUCUCCUGGAAAGAUCUUCUGGAGGACUGUACGCGGAAUGCUUCCUCAUAAGACAUCUCAUGGAAACUUGGCUCUUAAGAAUCUCAGGGUGUACGAAGGUGUUCCAAGCGCUUACGAUCGUGUUAAGAAGAUGAAUGCUCCUAUUGCGAACAGACAUCUGUGCCUAAGGCCCCGUCGCAAGCACUGCACAGUUGGUCGCCUUUCUCAUGAGGUCGGAUGGAAAUAUCAGGACGUAGUCGCUAAACUAGAAGCAAAGAGAAAGAUCAAGGGUGCUGCUUACCACGAACAGAAGAAGAAACUCGAUAAGCUCUAUGAACAAGCAAAGAAGAACGCUUCUGCCAAGAUUGCUCCUUAUCAAAAAAUCAUUGAGAGCUGUGGAUACAACUGA